CGUUCACCUGCUCAGACAGUGGGAAUGGAUUCACUCGGUCAUCUCAACUGAAGGUACAUCAGCAAGUUCACACUGGGACAAGGCCAUUCACCUGUUCUGUGGGUGAGAAGGAAUUCAGUCGGUCUUCCCACCUGUGGACACACCAGUCAGUUCACACUGGGCGGAGGCUGGUCAUCUGCUGAAUUUGUGGGGAAGGAUUCACUCGAUCAUCUGAACUAAUGGCUCACCAGCGAGUUCACACUGGGCAGAGGCCAUUCACCUGCUCAGACUGUGGGAAGGGAUUCACUUGCUCAUCUAAACUGAAGGUUCAUCAGAGAGUUCACACUGGGGAGAGGCCGUUCACCUGCAAAGACUGUGGGAAGGGAUUCACUUCGUCAUCUCACCUGAAGGUUCAUCGGAGAGUUCACGCUGGAGAGAGGCCAUUCACCUGCUUAGACUGUGGGAAAGGAUUCACUUGCUCAUCUAAUCUGAAGGUACAUCAGAGAGUUCACACUGGGGAGAGGCCGUUCAAAUGCUCAGACUGUGGGAAGGAAUUCACUCGAUCAUCAACCCUACAAGCUCACCAGUCAGUUCACACUGGGGAGAGGCCAUUCACCUGCUCAGACUGUGGGAAGGGAUUCACUCAGUCAUCCAACUUACUGGUACACAAGUCAGUUCACACUGGAGAGAGGCCAUUCACCUGUUCAGACUGUGGGAAAGGAUUCACUUGCUCAUCUAAUCUGAAGGUUCAUCAGAGAGUUCACACUGGGGAGAAGCAGUUCACCUGCUCAGACUGCGGGAAGGGAUUCACUCAGUCAUCCAGCCUACUGGUACACAAGUCAGUUCACACUGGGGAGAGGCCAUUCACCUGCUCAGACUGUGGGAAAGGGUUCUCCCGGUUAUCUCAACUGAAGGUACAUCAGAGAGUUCACACUGGGGAGAGGCCAUUCACCUGCUCAGACUGUGGGAAGGGAUUCACUCGGUCAUCUGAACUGAAGGUACAUCAGCGAGUUCACACUGGGGAGAAGCCGUUCACCUGCUCAGACUGUGGGAAGAGAUUCACUCUGUUAUCUCAACUGAAGUUACAUCAGCGAGUUCACACUGGGGAGAGGCCAUUCACCUGCUCAGUCUGUGGGCAGGGAUUCACACAGUUAACUAGCCUACAAGCACACCGGUCAGUUCACACUGGGGAGAAGCCAUUCACCUGCUCAGACUGCGGGAAGGAAUUCAGACGGUUAACUAGCCUACAAGCACACCGGUUAGUUCACACUGGGGAGAGACCGUUCACCUGCUCAGACUGCGGGAAGGGAUUCACUCGGUCAUCCUACCUACUGGUACACAGGUCAGUUCACACUGGGGAGAGACCGUUCACCUGCUCAGACUGCGGGAAGGGAUUCACUCGGUCAUCCUACCUACUGGUACACAGGUCAGUUCACACUGGGGAGAGACUGUUCACCUGCUCAGACUGUGGGAAGAGAUUCACUGAGUCAUCUAAACUGAAGGUACAUCAGCGAAUUCACAUUGGGGAGAGGCCGUUCACCUGCUCAGACUGUGGGAAAGGAUUCACUCAGUCAUCCCACCUGCAAGCUCACCGGUCAGUUCACACUGGGGAGAGGCCGUUCAUCUGCUCAUACUGUGGGAAGGGAUUCACUCAGUCAUCUCAUCUGAAGGUACAUGAGAGAGUUCACACGGGGGAGAGGCCGUUCACCUGCUCAGACUGUGGGAAGGGAUUCACUUGGUCAUCUCAACUACAGAGACACCAGCAAGUUCACACUGGGUAGAGGUUGAUCACCUGCUCAGACUUCGAGAAGAGAUUCUCUGAACCAAAUAAUCCAAAUGUGCAUCAUUGAGUUCACACUGUGGAGAGGUUGUUCACCUGCUGUGAAUGUGGGAAGCGAUUCACUCAGUCAUUUAACCUUAUGUAACUUUCACUUCAGCUAGCAGCUUAAUAUAGGGGGUGAUAGCCCCCCCAGCCUGGCCAAGCUUAAGAAAUCUCAUUUGGGUGGAUGCUGCACGAUGUGUCCCCUUUUACAAAUCAGUACCCCGAAAUAACAAGCGGUACACAAUAUGCAAUGAAACAAUUGAGCUUUAUAAUUCUUAAUUUGACUACAUGGUUCCUGAAGAAAACAAAAAAAUAAAUGAAAAAGGGCCCACUCUCUCCAUUCGCAUCUUCUCAUCUCUCCCCAGCAAAAAAAAACACCAAAAUCUCUCUUCCAGACUCACAAGAGAGAACAUUUCUGUCAUUGGAUAGCCCCACACUCCAAAACCCUGUUAUCUCUAUUCGUAACCUAAACAUUGCUGCUACAGAGAAACCAUUACCUCAGCAGUGAAACAUUGCAGAGAGGCCAUUACAUUAGCUGUGAAACUUUACAGCGUGUUACACUUGUGACACACUGCCGGGUUCACACUAGGGAGAAAGUUUCAAUAAGCUGCAUGCUGGAUAUUUGUCCAUCACCGUUGCUGAAUGCAAUUUCGAGAGUGAGUCGGUGCUGAACUCUGCAAUUAUUGCUGCUACUCACCACACCCUGUUCUGCACCCUGGUCACUGGGCAUGGGAGGAGUUUCUUCUGCUGCACAUUCACCCUUAAUAGGGCUGGAGUUUAAUAUUCUGGAUCUAAGACAAUUAAAUCAGUUCUAAUUGAAUUCUGUCUCCGGUACUUAGUGAAUUUAUAAUGCAGCUAUCGUACAGUAGGGAGACAACUCAGGCCGGCUGGACCCUGCCAGUGAUUCUGUUCCAUGACAGUCCUUUUAAAUCCUCCCCUGUUGUUCCCUUCUUGCUCUCCUUGUGGUGAUGGGUUCCAAACAGUCGCCACUCUUUGGGUGAAGAGGUUUGAAUUUCUGCAGCCUGAAGAAGUGGAGCUGACUGCAGUUCUGUCUGAGAUGUUCUCCGUCCCUCUAAUCUCUGGGCUGAGGAAGAAUGACAUUGGUAGUUAACCUCCUUAUUGAUGUCUCAUUUCCACAUUAUGGGUCAUUUUCCCUGCUUCUAAAGGGUUGUUGAAAACACACUGUCCUCUGAAGACUGAAAGCAGAAUGGGAAACCAUUAGUUGGAUGUUCAACAGAGUAGGGUCAGAAACCAGAGGCGGGUCUGCACAGGGCAGAGUUUGGGGCUCUGGACGAUGGUCGGGGUAAGAAUGUAUGAUGAGGAGAAGGGAAUCAGCAGUGGGCCGUGGCAACGAAUGACAGAGUCGCAACAUUUGGAAGCUGAUUGACAGAGAAAAUAAUCUGGUUGUCUGACUGAUGACACAAACAAUACCUGUGGUGAGGUGCUCCACUGAUCGAGGAACAUGUGUGUGUUGGGAAUGGUUAUAUCUAUUGAGGGAGUUGUUCCUGCUUGUUUAUCCUGUAAUAUUAUAUCUGAUGGUUAUCAUGGAUUGUCCUAUCUGAAAUAAUGUAUUGGUUAUCUAUAGUUUGUGAGAUUUUGACUCUAAAACUGGAACAGGCUUGAAUGUACGGUGCCAUGAUGAAAUGGAGGUCAGUUUGUAUUUUAAAGCAAGAUUCUGGUCAAUGAUAUUUGCCACUCGAUUGUAAUCAAAUUGAGUUCAACUGCUGCAGGAUCCUGGAAUGUGUUGGAAUGUGUCUGGUUUCUCUUGUUAUUCCCUGCAUUUAUUGCCUUGUUUCUUGGUAUUGCAUGUAGUUUUGAUUUUUUUCUUAUUUUUGUUAACCACCUUGUCCUGUAUUUCUGCAAGGAACCCCUCUGUUUCUGGGAAGAGGUCUCCAACUCUCAGUCAGGUGCUCGAUGCUUCCUUGUCAACAUCUGGUCUGCUCAGAUCGUUGGGAUGUCUCCCAUGGAGGGUCAUACUCAUUCCACUGGUUAAUCUUUUCUUCCAUAGUGAUGAUUCAUUUUUCUGAGUGGGCCUCUCAUUUAAGUUUUCUAGUCUGUAUUUUAUUGCAUAUGCUGAAUCCUGUACAUUUUUGAUGAAAAUAUAUACUUAGAAGCUUUAUCUGACUGUUGUGUAUUUUUUUUUUCAUGUGUGUUAUUUCUCUUCCUCCUUCUGACCAAGGUAGUGUUAAUCUAAGUGGGUCUGUCUGUAAAUAGUCUUUUCUAAAGUUCUUAUUUUUCUUUGUGUAUUUUACAGAUUGAAAUGGGACCAAGAUAUUUCUAUAAAAAAAUUCAAUGUCGGUAUUGAUGAAAGAAGUACUUGCUUUUGUUGUGUUUGUUAACUACUGAGCUCUGUUUGACAGGUUUUUUUAAGCCUUGAACUAAAUUUUCUCAAAGUUUUUUUUCCCUAUUUCGCAGUACUUUCUACUUUCUUUGCUUGUUGAUAUUCCAGAUAGGUGGGUAUCAAGAGUCCCGAUGAAGGAUCUUGACCCGAAAUGUUGAUUCCCAUCCAUAGAUGCUGCCUGACAUGCUGAGCUCCUCCAGCACUUUGUGUGUAUUUCUCUAGAUUUCUAGCAUCUGCAGGUCCUCUUGUUUCCCAGAUGCUUACAAGUUUCUUGAAAGAACAAGCUGGUAGUGGGGUUGUGUGGCUCUGUUGGUAAAAUAUUAAAUAAAAUCAUUAGAAAGAGGUGACAUAGGGUUGGAAGGUGUAGAAUCUGUGGGUAGAAUUAAGGAACAGCAAAUGUAAAAAAAAAAGAAUCCCUGAUGGGAAUUGUAUGGAGACCUCCAAACAGCAGUAAGUAUGUAGUCCACAAAUUACAAUGGGAGAUAGAAAAUGCGUGCCAAAAGGGCAAUGUUACAAUAGUCAUGGGGGAUUGUCAUGCAGGUGAUUAGGAAAAGUAGGAUGGUGUUGGUCUCAAGGAGGAAUUCCUAGAAUGCCAACAAGAUGCUUUUUUGGAGCAGCUCGUGGUUGAGCCCACUUGGGGAUCAGCUAUUCUGGAUUGGGUGUUGUAAUGAACUGGAAUUAAUUAGGUCACUUAAGUUGAAGGAACCCUUAGCGACAAGUGAUCUUAAUAUGAUCAAAUUCACCCUGACAUUAGAGAAGGAGAAGCUAAAAUCAGAUGUGGAAUAAAGAGAAUUGGAGAGGCAUGAGAGAAAUAUUGGUCAAAAUUGAUUUGAAAGGAACACGGGCAGGGAUGAAAACAGUGCAGCAAUGGCUGGAAUUACUAGAAGCAAUUCAGAACGCAGGGGAUAUAUACAUCACAAAGAGGAAGUUGUUUUCUAAAGGUAAGGGGACAAAACGUGGCUGAUAAGAGAAACUAAAGACAACAUAAAAAUCAAAGAGAGGGCACAGCGCAAAAAUUAUGAGGAAGUUAGAAGAUUGGGAAGCUUUUAAAAACUAACAGAAUGAACAAAUAAUUUAAAAAAGGAAAGGAUGGAAUACAUAGGUGAGGUAGCCAGUAAUAUUAAAGAGGAUACCAAACUUUUCUUCAGGUACAUAUAGUGUAAAAGAGAGGUGGAAGUGGAUGUUUCACCAAUGGAAAAUGAUGCUGGAGAGGUAGUAAUGGGCUGGGGGUGCAAGGUGAUGGCAGAUGAACUGAAUAAUUAUUGUACAUCACUCUUAUCUGUCGAAGACACUGGCAGGAAUAUGGAAGUCCCAGGUGUCAGUGAUCAGAAUGUGUAAAGUUACAUUACUCAGGAGAAGGUUCUUGGGAAACAGAGAUGGUCUGGAUGUAAAUAGGUCACCUGGACCAGAUGGUGCACACCCCAGAGAUCUGAAAGAGGUGGCUGAAGAGAUGUGGAGGCAUCAGCAAUGAUCUUUCGAGAAUCGUUAAGGAAAUUAUAUACUAAGAAGUUUUUUCCUUCAUUACUCCCCCUCUGCUAGUUUCACCUAUCACCUACCACUUCUUCUACCCCUCCAGCCCCUACAUUUCUUCCUCUAACACCUCAUCUUUUUUUUUCCCAGUACUGAUUAGGGGUCUCGGCCGAAACCUCGACUGUUUACUAUUUCCCAUAUACGCUGCCCGGCAUCCCGGGUUCGUCCAGCAUUCUGUGUAUGUGUUGCUUGGAUUUCCAGCAUCCACAGGUUUUCUCCUGUUUUUGAUAAAAACAAAAGUGGUGUCAUAUAAUAUAGCAAGAAAAUAGUGGGAAGUUAGAGGACUGGAAAGCUUUUACACAACCAACAGGAGACAACUAAAAAAAAACACACAGGAGAGACAAGAUGAAAAAUUAAGGUAAGUGAGCCAAUAAUAUCAAGUAUCAAAAGUUUUACAGAUUUAUAAAGAGUAAAAGAGAGGCAAGAGUUGAUAUUGUACCGCUGGAAGAUGAUGCUGGCGAGUUAGUAAUAGAGUAAAGAAAUAGCAGCUGAAUGUAAUAGUAUUUUUUGUGUCAGUCUUCACUGUGUAAUACUCUAGCAGUAUAAGACCAUAAGACAUAGGAGCAGAAUUAGGCCAUUCAGCCCCAUCGAGUCUGCUCCGCCGUUCUAUCAUGGCUGAUCCCGGUUCUCACUCCACCCCAUGCACCUUCCUCCUCGGCAUAUCCUGUAAUGCCCUGACUGAUCAGCAAACUAUUAGCUUCUGCCUUAAAUGCACCCACGGACUUGACCACCACCGCCGUGUGUGUCAGAGAAUUCCACAGAUUCACUGCUCUCCGACUAAAUAAGAUCCUCCUUAACUAUUCUAAAAUGUCGCUCCUCAGUUUUCGGCUGUGCCCUCUGUUAUGGCUACCCCCACCAUACAAAAAGUCCUCUCCUCAUCCACCCUAUCUGGACCUAUCCACAUUCGGUGGGUUUCAGUGAGAUUUACCCCCCACCACCCGCAUUUAUUAAACAUAGGUCAGUGCAGGAGUACAGGCCCAAGGCUGGCAAACGCUCCUCAUAUCUUAACCCCUUCAUUCCCGGAAUCGUCUUCUUGAACAUCCUCUGGACUCUCUCCAACAACAACACGCCU